AUGUUGUCCGCCAAAGGCCCACAAAUGCGCGCGUUCACUCAGCGAAUCGCCGCGUUCUCCACUCAGGUCCAAAUCGAUCCGACACCGAUCGUUUUUGUUGGAAAGGGCACUACUCCUCGCCAAAACUCGUUGUUGGGACCAAACGACAGUCAAUAUCCGUUCCAGGGAGACGUCUCGUUUGCUCAUAAGCCACUAAGCCUUCGUCAGCAAAAGGAGAACUCAAAAAUCGAACGUGUGAUGGAUGACACCGAGCACUCACUGAUCAACCUCCUCUCAAACACCAACAUUGAAGUCGACCGUACUCAUUUGGCUCAACUAAAAGAAGAAGCAAUGGAGGAGAUUCAGGCUAACGCCGCUGAUGUUGAAAUUGAGCUCUCCGCUAUUGAGGCACCGAAGCUGCUCAAGAAGGAAAUGAAGUACCUGUUCCCACAAAUGGAGACUCAGAAGAUGAGCAAUGUUACUGUUUUCAAUUUGACCCAAAAGUCGGAAUUUGACAUGAAGGCGUGGAGUGAGUCGAUGGAGGAGGAGAGAGAGAAGCUCACCGCGUCUUUCAUCAUGUCCGCUAACGCCAUCUGCUCGACACUUCAUCGUUUCGGUUAUUGGGCGGAUUUCAUUGAUCCAUCUUCAGGCCGCCCAUACAUGGGAGACUACACCAACCACACCCUCUUUGAGACCAACGACGCCUACAAGCAGAUGGGAUUCAAGAUUGAAGAUUUGGGAUGUUGCAAGGUGCUUCAACACGCCUGCUGGGGAUCCCACGCAUUCGUCGGAACUAUUUUCACAGAUGCUCCAGUCGAUGGAAGUGCGGUUAGAGACAUUCUAAAGAAGGUCACUCAGGAGAUCGACGAAUAA